AUGAAUCAUGUUGCAUUUCUCUUCACACUAACCUUUGUUCUUCUUUCUUUGAAUGCCAAAGCACAGCAGAAUUACUCUGGGGAUUCAGUAUUCAGCUGCAAGAACAAUGACACAAUGGGGCCUUCACCUUCCUUCCUUUACACAUGCAAUGGCCUCAACAAAUCCUGCAUGGCCUUCCUCAUCUUCAAAUCCAAACCUCCCUUCAACUCCAUACCCACAAUUUCUAACCUCACAUCAUCAAACCCAGAAGAGCUUGCAAGGAUCAAUGAUGCCACUAUGCUCACUGUGUUCCCACCUGGGAAAGAGGUGAUUGUCCCUGUGACCUGUUCUUGUUUAACUAGGGACUAUUACCAAGCUGAAACCAAAUAUGUAUUGGGGCCAUUGCCAACAUAUUACACUGUGGCACUUGAAACCUUUCAGGGUUUGGUCACUUGUGAUUCCCUCAAACGUGCUAAUCCAUAUGGGGUACUUGAUUUGAAGCCUGGCAUGGAAUUGUAUGCGCCACUCAGAUGUGCUUGUCCAACGUGGAAUCAGACAAGAAGUGGCACCAAGUAUUUGCUAACGUAUUCAGUGAACUUGGGUGAUGACAUUUCAAGUAUUGCUACAAGGUUCAAUGUAGCUGCAGGUAGUGUGGUUGAUGCCAAUGGUUUUUCCACACAAACACAAGUUAUUUUUCCACUCACAACUGUUCUGAUUCCUUUGCCAAGUGAACCGUUGAGUUCGAUGACCACAGUUGUUAGUGAUCCACCAACCGUGUCACCUCUUCCUGUUUGCAGCUCCAAAAAGUGCAAGUCAAAGAGGAAACUCUACAUUGCUAUUGCCACCACAGGAGGUUCCAUGCUGGUUCUCUGUGUUGUCUUAUAUGGGGUUUAUCUGUUCAGAAAGAGAUCACCGAGUUUCAUUGAGAAAGGCAAAGAAGGUAAGAAAACAAAGCAGUUGACUUCAGAAGAUAUCCGUGGGGAGAUAGCAAUCAUUGAACAUCACUCCGAAGUGUACAAGUUUAAGGAAAUAAAGAAGGCCACCGAAAACUUUUGUUCAAAGAAUAGAAUUAAAGGUUCGGUGUUUCGUGGGGUAUUUGGUAAUGGCAGGAACACAUUGGCUGUCAAAAUAAUGAGAGGAGAUGGGUCAAAGGAAGUGAAUUUGCUGAAGAGGAUCAAUCAUUUCAACCUGAUAAAGCUGCAAGGUUAUUGUGAAAACGAUGGUUGCCACUAUCUUGUUUAUGAGUAUAUGGAAAAUGGCUCUUUGAGAGAAUGGCUAAGAGAAAACAGGUCCACGGAGAACCAGUGUUUAGCUAAUAGGAUCCAGAUUGCUCUGGAUAUUGCCAAUGGUCUACAGUAUCUUCACAACUUCACAGAACCUUGCUAUGUGCACAGGAAUAUUAACAGUGGAAACAUCCUACUGAACAAAGAUCUAAGAGCCAAGAUAGCAAAUUUUGCUCUUGCUGAAGAAUCAGACAGGAAAAUAACUUCAGGUUAUACCUCGCCACAUGUCGCUAUGUCAAGUAGAUAUAUAGCUCCAGAGUAUCUGGAGGCAGGGAUUGUCACUACCAAAAUGGAUGUUUAUGCCUUCGGGGUGGUGCUGCUGGAAUUGAUCACGGGAAAAGAUUAUGUUACCCUGCAAGAUGGAAGAGAAGUAAUGCUUCAUGCAAUCAAAGUAAAUCUCAUUGGUGAAGAGAAUGGAGAAGAGAAGGUGAGUUUGUUCAUUGAUCCUAGCCUCACAGGAAACAGUGAGAAAGCAUGCGUUCUCCAGCUAGUUAAACUGGGUCUAGCCUGCUUGAUCCAAGAACCGAAAGAGAGACCACACAUGGUAGAGGUAGUCUCUAGCUUAUUGAAAAUAUAUACAGGUUAUAUGGACCAAAUAAUACCACCUAGCAUCGACAACAGUGUUGACCUGGAGUGGUGA